GCGCAGGCGCACUUUCCCGCGGCGGCGGCUGGGCUGCUCUUUGUGGCUAUCGCUGUCCUUUUGUAGAAGGUCUAUCCGCUCGUUCGUUCGCCUGUCGGUCUGAGAGUUCAUUGGACUGUCCAUCCGCCCUGGGCCUGGGCCUGGUCCCCGCGCGUGAGUUGACCUGCAGAAGUGUGUUACGGGGUGACACGGCGCGUGUGUGAAGGGGACGCGCCGCGACCCGAUGUGGGUGUGUCUGCGAGCGGAUGUGCUGGAUCGCGAGCCCCGGUAUGGCGAGUGGUGUGUUGGCUGAGCCUGCCUGAGCCUGACUCAGCCGGGGCGCGGGGAGGGGGCUCCGUGUGGGGGUGUUGCUGCCGCGAGCGUGUGUGUGACCGUGCGAGGCUGCACUACAGGCCGCUAUUCCCGAGCUCCAGAAGCAGGACUCGCUCCCUGGGUCCUGACCUGCGGCCCUGGAGGCUGCAGAGCUGCCCACUCCUCCAGGGGGCGCUGCUGAGAGGCGUCAUGGAGACUCCGGCCCUGAAGCUGGAGGAGACAGAGAAUCCAGAGAAUAAAUCAGAUUGGGGUCUCCUGGAAGCCAGAUCUGAGGAAUCGGUGACAUUCAAGGAUGUGGCUGUGGACUUCACCCAGGAGGAGUGGGGUCAACUGGACUCUCCUCAGAGGGCCUUGUACCGGGAUGUGAUGCUAGAGAACUACCAGAACCUUGUUGCCUUGGGGCCUCCAGUCUGCAAGCCAGAUGUGAUCUCCCAUCUGGAACGAGGAGAGGAGCCAUGGCGAGUGUACAGGGAAGGCUCUGGAGGGGCUUGUUCAGAAUGGGGCCCUGCACCUGAGAUGAAGGAGGAAUUUUGCAAAGAAGAACCAUCUCAGGAGGCAGUUAUGGGGGAGCUGAACAGGCACAGCUUUCAUAGACCCAGCCUCAGCACGGCAUGGGAGGCCUCAACAGUAGUGUGGAGAACCCAGGCUGAGCAGUGGGAGCAAGUACAUGCCACCCUCAGGGACAUCUCCACAGAGCAGAGAUAUCGGGGACACAAUAACUCCAAGGAAGGCUCCCCCCUCAAGUGCUCUCUGUUCACCCAGCAGAGUGCCCCUUUGGGAGGACACUCACCUGCCAGGCGUACCUUGGACAUCCAGUCCACUGGGGCAGUCACCAGAGACCAGCAGAGAACAUGCCCGGGAGAAAGGUCCCUCAAGUCCAGGCCGUGUGGGGCAGGCCCUGGAGCGGAUGCCUUCGUGUGCGCUGAGUGCGGGAAAACGUUCCCGCAGAGCACGUCCUUAGCCCUGCACAGGCGCUGGCACGGCCGCACCAAGUCGUACAAGUGUGGUGAGUGCGACAAGGCCUUCACCUGGAGCACCAACCUCAUUGAGCACCAGCGCAUCCACACGGGUGAGAAGCCCUUCUUCUGCAGCGAGUGCGGGAAGGCAUUCAGCUGCCACUCGUCCCUCAAUGUGCACCAGCGCAUCCACACAGGCGAGAGGCCCUACAAAUGCAGCGCCUGCGAGAAGGCCUUCAGCUGCAGCUCACUGCUCAACAUGCACCUGCGCGUGCACACAGGCGAGAAGCCCUACAAGUGUGGUGAGUGCGGCAAGGCCUUCAACCAGCGCACGCACCUCACCCGCCACCAACGCAUCCACACUGGCGAGAAGCCCUACAAAUGUGGCACGUGUGGCAAGGCCUUCACCUGCCACUCGUCUCUCACCGUGCACGAGAAGAUCCACAACGGGGACAAGCCUUUCAAAUGCACUGAGUGCGAAAAGGCCUUCAACAACCGCUCGCGCCUCACUCUCCACCAGAGGAUCCACACUGGCGAGAAGCCCUUCAAGUGCACUGACUGCGGGAAAGGUUUCAGCUGCCACUCGUACCUCAUCGUGCACCAGCGCAUCCACAGCGGGGAGAAGCCCUUUAAAUGCAAUGAGUGCGGGAAGGCCUUCAGCUCGCACUCCUACCUCAUCGUGCACCAGCGCAUCCACACUGGGGAGAAGCCUUUCGACUGCAGCAAGUGCUGGAAAGCCUUCAGCUGCCACUCGUCCCUCAUCGUGCACCAGCGCAUCCACACCGGGGAGAAGCCCUAUAAAUGCCAUGAGUGUGGCAAAGCUUUCAGCCAGAACCACUGUCUUAUUAAACACCAGAAGGUUCAUUCUGGGGAGAAAUCCUUUAAAUGUAACAAAUGUGGGGAAAUGUUCAGCUGGAGCUCACACCUCCUGGAACACCAGAGACUGCUGCAUGGUGAAGAGAAGCCCAUUGCCAUCCAGUUCAACAGACACCUGCUGAGCACCUACUACAUGCCUGGCAGUCUGUUGGGUGUGGAGGACUCAGGGGUGGGGGACGUGGACCCAAUAAAUGCAUUGGAUGUGGCAAAGCUCUUGUGUGUGGUGCAGCCCCCACCUAGCAGGAAUUUCUCCCUGGGGAGGAAACCUGACAGUUAAGGUGAGGUGCUGUUUCUUCACAGGAGAAAGCCACUGCCUGAGCUACCCAACAAGUGAGGCACUGUUACCUCGCCUGGGCUCCUAGAGCCAGACCACUUGUUCCUCCAGAUGCCAAAGCCUUUCACAUGACCGUGCUCAGAUCCACCAGCCAGGACCCUAGUGUUAGAGCUCCCCGGGAUGGGGCACACUUCAGGAGAAGGGACUUGAGGCCAUUUGAGGACAUUCUAUCAUCCUGUCUUCCUUGAUGGGUCUGGAGGUCAUUGACAAGGGGCAUCUUGCUUGCAGAUAAGAGAGUGGGUCAGCUGUCGGGUUCUGGGAUGGGCUCCUGCCUGUUUUCAAUCAGGAAUCUCUUCUAUAAACCGUUGAUGUUUAGAAUAAUAAUCAACAAAAGAAUUAAAGUUCUAGUUCUUA